CAUGCCUGAAUGCAAUUUUCCUGCUCGAUUACUCUGCAGCAGAUCUGCGCUAGGAUCUAGAUACUCGACAGGUCCGUGUCGACGCCACCCAGCCAGCGCUUCGACCAAUCGAACGUUUGUAAACUGACCUCAAUCCUCCGGUGAAAAGAUUCGCCCUGGCGACUUGCCGUUUCAAGGACGCGGGGAUCAUUACUCUUGCCGAAUUCCAACACGUUCCACUUGCGGCGCACUGGAAGGCCCGGCCGAUCGAGCAAGCGCUUGUUUAAUUAUCGUGGCGUGGGAAUCUGCUUGGGCAAUAUAUCCCCGUCAGCCCAGCAACAUGUGUCCGACACCCUUCGUAACAUUGAGUAUAUAGGCUCCACCUCGUCGUUUUACCGAGCCGCCACCCCGCAAAAAUAAAGGUACCCUUGUGCUCCUGGGGUUCUGGGAGUCCGCUCAGCGGGAGCGUUCUUGGUUUCUUAGCAUCUGUCCCUAUAUUACCGUCUGUGCCCCCGUGGUCGUCUGCAGGCUUUGCACUCUGCGCGCAAACCUAUCCGUGAAGGCCUGGAGGAAACACGGUCGAGCGCCCCUUCUAGCGCAUGCCCGUCGCCGAUCGAACAGCUGCAAGACAAUUUUCAACUCGACAAACUCGUAUCUCUGCUUUGUCGUGCAACUUUGCGUGGCCGGUCCCCACAAUCACUCUUUGGAUGAAGUCUCACCACGCCUUGAGGUUGGGCACGCAGAGCAGCUAAACCGCGCCCUCAGAACAUGUCGGAUCCAAAUUCGAACUUCUACGAAGCUAUCCGAUGUCUUCAAGGGACGAAAGCGGAGCGAACGGCAUGUCGCAAUGCGUGCACCGUCGACACCUGUCCGCUCAUCCUCUCCUUCUGGAAUUACUUGCCUGAUGUACCGCUCAACUCGGCGUUCGCCGGCCUUUUCGGAAUCUACACAAUCACCGUCCUUCUACUUGGUAUCUAUGUCCGGAAGUUCAGGACCUACACCGCGGUCAUCUUUGUUGGGGAACUCAUGGAGGUCUUUGGGUUCGUUGCGAGAGUAUACGCCCAUGCCUACCCCUUCAGCGACGCCGCGUACAUCAUGCAAAUGGUCUGCCUUACGCUGGCACCGACUUUCAUGGCUGCGGGUAUAUACUUUUCACUCCAACGUCUGGUCAUCACCUUUUCUGGAGAGCUCUCGCGCAUCCCUCCGCUGUGGAUCCCACGGGUGUUCAUUGUCUGUGACAUCCUCUCGCUGUUCUUGCAAGGUAUGGGAGGAGCACUGGCGGCGUACUACGCGUCGCAACAAGAGCUUCCCGAUAAGGGCAACUACACUAUGAUCAGCGGUCUGUCCUUCCAGGCUUUGACCUUGCUCUUGUUCCUCACUCUUGCGGUCGACUACGCAUUCCGGCUGUGGAGGUUUCAAAAGAACGUCGGGUGGGGCGUGUUGAACCAGGACCCGAUCGCCGCCGGCCUGAGAGAAAGCAAACGCAUAAAGUGGCUGAUCUCGUCGCUCACCAUCUCCGGCAUCCUCAUCUUCUUCCGAAGCAUAUACAGGGUCCUGGAGCUCUCCGAAGGCUGGAAGGGCUUCCUCAUGUCCUCCGAAAAGUACGUCGUCGGACUCGAGACCAUACCUGUCAUCAUAGCGGGCGGGCUCCUCGCCGUCUUGCACCCUGGCUUCUGCUUCCAAGGCGAGGACGACCCCAUCCCGCUCCGACGCAAGGUUAAGACGCCGCCUCGCGAUCCGGAAGCCGAGCCGCUGUACACCAUCCGACGGUGGAACGAGAAAACGGGCAAGAUCGAGAUCGAGGUCAUCUACGAGCCGGAUCAUCCCAUCGUCCGGAACUUGCAGCAGAUGGUCAAACUAUAGACACGUCAAUCCAUCAUGGAGGGGAGGUGGGGGUUUGGCUUUCUCUCCCCUUCUUUGUAAUCCUCAUCCCAAAGAUAUACCACCAACAUCAUCAGUCACCAACCUCUUCGUACUUUUUGUUUGAUUGUUUGAACAAAAUCCGGAAUGAAGCAUUUGUACGGCGCAAAAACUGUCUCUCCUAUAGACGCGGCGAUGUCUAUACCUCCUGCAUCUUCUCUUUAUAUAUAUAUAUACAUAUAUUAAAUUUCGUUGCCUCCCUUGCGCAGGCAGCGAAACAUGCAGCUCGUCGGCCACGGCUUUCGAGCCUAUGUUCGACAGACAUGCACACACGCGAACGCACUCAAAUGAUGAACCAUUUUUCACUCCUUUUGGAAACAAUGACAAUGGCUCGGAAAUAGCUACAUAGAGACACAUAGUAAUAACAAACCCG